AUGCCAUCCCCUCUGGGUCCCCCAUGCCUGCCCCUCAUGGACCCAGAGACCACCCUUGAGGAGCCUGAGACUGCCCGCCUCCGCUUCCGAGGGUUCUGCUACCAGGAGGUGGCAGGUCCCCGAGAGGCCCUGGCCCGGCUGCGUGAGCUGUGUCGCCAGUGGCUGCAGCCUGAGGCACACUCCAAGGAGCAGAUGCUGGAGAUGCUGGUGCUGGAGCAGUUCCUGGGCACACUGCCUCCCGAGAUCCAGGCCUGGGUGCGCGGUCAGCGGCCAGGGAGUCCUGAGGAGGCCGCUGCCCUAGUCGAAGGACUGCAGCAUGACCCUGGGCAACUGUUGGGCUGGAUCACAGCCCAUGUCCUGAAGCGGGAGGUGCUCCCUGCAGCCCAGAAGACAGAGGAACCACUGGGGAGCCCCCACCCCUCAGGGACAGUGGAGUCCCCUGGGGAGGGUCCCCAGGACACCAGAAUAGAGGGGUCUGUCCAGCUCAGCUGCAGUGUGAAGGAGGAGCCCAAUGUCGAUGGACAGGAAGUGGCACCCUCCAGCCCUCCACUUGCAGCGCAGUCCCCUGAGGGGCAGCAUGGACACCAAGAACCAGCCUCCACAUCCUUCCACCCACCCAGGAUGCAGGAGGAGUGGGGGCUGCUGGACCGGUCACAGAAGGAACUGUACUGGGACGCGAUGCUGGAGAAGUACGGCACGGUGGUCUCCCUGGGUGAGGACCAGCCAGCCCCACCCCGCCCCUCUCCUUGGGGCCUGCACCCACCCUGCAGCAGGCCUAGCUGGGCAGGGCCUCUGUGCUACCAGCCCUACCCAGCUCUCCCACCUUCCAGAGGAGCACCCUGUCACCUACCAGAACCGACCCCACCCCUCCUUCAUGUAAACCCCACGCCUAACUGUGCCCCCCACCUGGGCAGGGUUACCGCCCCACCAGCCAGAGGCACAAGCCCAGUCAGAGCUGGGGAUGCUGCUCACGGGGACAGGCGUCUGCAGAAGCCUGCACUCGGGGACACCACCAGUGCCCACUCAGCCCACACCUGCAGAGACGAGACUGGAGCCGGUUGCCACCCCCAGGAAGCCCUACACGUGCGAGCAGUGUGGCCGCGGCUUCGACUGGAAGUCGGUGUUCGUCAUCCACCACCGGACACACACGAGUGGGCCAGGUGUGCAGUCCCCAGGGCUAGCCACCGGGGAAGGCACAGAGAAGCCACCACAAGGGGAGCUGGCCUUUCCGCGCCACCCCCGACGUUCACUCACAGGCCCCCGGAGCUACCCGUGCGAGGAGUGCGGGUGCAGCUUCAGCUGGAAGUCGCAGCUGGUCAUCCACCGCAAGAGCCACACAGGCCAGAGGCGCCACUUCUGCAGUGACUGUGGCCGCGCCUUCGACUGGAAGUCUCAGCUGGUCAUCCACCGCAAGGGCCACCGGCCGGAGGCUCCAUGAGCAGCCAGACAGCACAGUCCCUCGGUGUUCUUGGGGCCUCAGUGUUCUCGGGGCCUGGAUGCAGCCUCUGGGGCACCAGCAGAAGACUCUGGAGGCAGCAGGGGAUGCCAGAGUGAACAAGGGGUCCCAAGCCAGUUCCGUGCCCCUGGUCUGCUCUCCCCCAAGAGACCUGGGUGCAAGGAAAAGGAGCUGCUCCCUCUCUUCUUGCCCCUGCCUCCUAGAGGGAGGUCUGGGUUCCCUUCUAUGGCUGACCAGUGCCUGUGGGGUGACUGCCAAGCACCAGGCUCCCUCCCUCCCCGUGACAUGGCCUGGGCUGACAACACUCCCUCUCCUGGGACCUCCUUGCCUCAGGUGGGUGUUCAAAAACUGUGCCUUCCCACCCGUCUGUGCAGAGGCUGGGCCUGAGGUCUCAGCGUGGAGAGCAGCAGAAGACCCAGGAAAGCACAGUUGGCUUCUGUUUCUCCUGCUCCAUGUGUGUGUUAGAAUUUUAACAUAAAUUCCACUUUCAUAAUA